ACCCGGAAGUGGCGCCAAAGAGUCGCUCAAAUUUCAAAUACAGUAUUAAGCUUUGGACAGUUGUACAUUUCUCAGCGAUUCCGACAGUAGUUGCUUACUUUACAUUUAAACAAUAUACUUCUAAAUAUGUUUAUAAUGACAUACAUAGCUAUGACUUUGCAGAGCUUUUUCAACUAACACAUACAAUCUCGUUAUUGCUGGACGAAACUAAUUCCACAUCACUUGUCAGAUAAUUAGGAUGGAAAAUGGCAGUGCAUCCACUACAGGUGGAGAAGGGUUCCUCUCCAGAAUGGCGCUCAACGACAACAAAGCUGGUAUGGAGGGUCUUGACCGGGACAAAAUCAACAAGAUCAUCAUGGAGUCAUCAAAGGGAUCUAAGUUUUAUGAGAAUGAACUGAGGAGAGAGCAGCAGGUGAACCACCGCAUUGACAAAAUGAUGCUUCAAAAGUCACAAAUCACAGAACAACAGUUAAAGAAAGCACAGACACAGGUGGAGAAGGUGGCCUCUCAGCUGGAGAAAAGUCGUAAUCUAAGCCGUGUGAUUGUGCAUGUGGACAUGGACGCUUUCUACGCUGCAGUGGAGAUGAGAGACUGUCCUGAACUGAAGGACAAGCCCAUGGCUGUAGGAUCCAUGAGCAUGCUGUCCACUUCCAACUACCAUGCCAGGAAGUAUGGCGUUCGGGCUGCCAUGCCUGGAUUCAUAGCCAAAAAACUCUGCCCCAACUUAAUCAUCGUUCCAUGCAAUUUCAAUAAAUAUAAAUCAGUGAGCAAUGAGAUCAGGCAGAUAUUUGCGUAUUAUGAUCCUAAUUUCCAGCCUAUGAGCCUGGAUGAAGCCUAUCUGGACUUUACAGAGCACCUGCAACAGAGGAAGAGCUGGCCAGAGGCCUCACGGACGCAUUGCUACCGCUCCAGCAGCACUGCUACAGGUGGAGGGAAAAUUGAGCACCACCAGGAAUCAGAGGUGAAAGGCUUUUCCCCUGUGCUGUUUGAGGACAGCCCAAGUUCUUCUGAGUUCUUGUCUGACUCUGAAGCAGGUGUCACUCAUGCCACUGAAGUUUUUGGGACAUCUGUUGAGGAGGCUGUCAGGGAGAUGCGCUUCCGCAUCGAGCAGAAGACCAUGCUGACUGCCAGUGCAGGCAUAGCUCCAAACAUGAUGCUGGCCAAGGUGUGUAGUGACAAGAACAAGCCCAAUGGACAGUACAGACUGCCGUCCACCAGAGAGGCUGUCAUGGACUUCAUCCAGAACCUCCCAGUUCGCAAAGUGUCAGGCAUAGGGAAGGUGAGCGAGAAGAUGCUGAAUGCACUGAGCAUCACUAGCUGUGCUCAUCUUGGUCAACAGAUGGCGAUGUUGUCUUUGUUGUUCUCAGAGACAGCCUGGCAUCACUUCCUGCAGGUUUCACUUGGUCUGGGCUCCACCUACAUCGUCAGGAAUGAAGAAAGGAAAAGCAUGAGCACAGAGAGAACAUUUAAAGAACUCAACAGGCCUGAGGAGCAGUUCUUGUUAUGCAGAGAACUGUGUGAGGACUUAGCACAAGACCUAAAGAGAGAAGAUCUCAAGGGUAAAAACGUAACACUGAAGCUGAAGAAUGUGAAUUUUGAAGUGAAAACCAGGGCAGUGACGCUACCGUGUGGCGUCGCUACUACAGAUGAGAUCUUUGCUGCAGCCAAAGACCUACUGAAGACUGAAAUAGACAAUGAAAGUCCACAGCUGCUCAGACUGAGGCUCAUGGGUGUUCGUAUCUCAGCCUUUGUCACCUCGGAUGAUAAAAGGCACCAGCAGAAGAGCAUCGUUGGUUUCCUCCAGCCUGGCAAAGCAGACGCUCGAGGCUCCACCCAGGAAAUACAUCAAGACUUUGAAGGGGAUCAUCUCUCUUCCUGUCCUCUCACAGCACAGACAUGUCAGACUAAAGAGGAGAUUCCCUGGCCGAUAAAGAAAAAGCACUUACAGGAGGACCAGAGUGCAGAAAGACCUCAGCAGUCUUUCUUCCAAAGAGCUCACGCUAAGAGAAUGCAGCUCCCGGUUUGCACACAGGAACAAGGAAAUGAGGAGAACGUAGCCACGGUAACACUCACAGGUGCUGAUGUCCAUAAAAGGGCGGAGUCAUCAACAAAGAGGGAGGAGCCAAAGAGCUCUGCAUUGCAUUUUGUAGAACUUGAUGGCACCUCAGAGGCUCAAGUAUCCACAUCAGGCUCAGCAUUGGACAGCCUAACCUGUCCUGUGUGUUUCAGGCAGGUGAGCACAGACGAUUUGAAUGUCUUCAAUGGCCAUGUAGACCAGUGUCUCAUUAAUGGGUCCAUGGAGCCCAGAGAGCUCCACAUUUCUGGUUUGAAGUCAGAGUCAGAGGUUGAGAUGCAUAAGGACAAGGUAAAGAGCAAUGGACAAGUCGAGCGAAACAGACAACACCAGCCGACGAAUAAUUCCAGUCACGCGGUGGUGUUGAUCAGUGGCAACAGUGGAACAAUGACCUCGCAGCGGCCUCAGUCAUCUGUUGAAAAAGGUCCCGUCCUCAUCUGCCCGGUUUGUCAGCUGACCCAGGACACAAGUGACCUCACGAUAUUCAAUCGCCACGUUGACCUCUGCCUGAACCAGGAAGUGCUGCAUGAGCUGGGAACGCCACCUUCAGUUGAACCCGAAAAGCGCAAUGUAAUAGACAAAACUGUCCUUCUGCCGAGGCAAGCAGGAAGAGGUAAAACUAAAAGACACGACUCACCUUCAGCGUUGCCUGCCAAAAAGGCCAAAGGCCUCAACACCAUUGACAGGUUCUUCAGGUGACAUUCUCCUAGUUGCAAUGCUAUUUUAUUUUUAAGAUAAAUGUGCUGGAAAAAGCUUGGAGCCAUACACAGUCUCCCAAAUAAUUGCACAUAAAUCCAUAGUCAACUGUUGAAAUCAGGACAACUUUAAAAGAAGCAUUUGCACUCACAGUAAAAAGUAACAUGUCAAAAUAAUGGACAUAUUUUAGAACCAUGUAGUGUGUGUCAAUGCCAUUACAUACUUUCUGAAGAACUGAUGACAUUUAUGUAUGGUAAAUUGAUGAUGAUUAUACUUAUUACAUUUUAAAAAUAUUUGUUAUGUUUGAUUUUUAAUAAUAAUGUUUAAUAAUAA